CUGAACUUGCCUAGAAGGGAGGGCAGGGCGGGGCGGAGCCGACUCUCAGGCCCGGCCUCGGCCCACCUCAUCCAAGGGGGACGGAAGUCUCAGCCCCACUCUCUACCUCCCCUCGGGAACCUUGGACUGAGAGCCAAGCCUCGCCCCACCGGGCGACCGGGCCCGGGCGUAUUCCGGGACGGGCGGCACUAUGAAGCGUGCGGCGACUCUGCGCCUGCUCUCGGAUCUGAGCAACUUCAGCGGCGCGGCCCGGCUCCGGGAGUUGCUGGAUGCGGACCCAGAGGUCAGAGUCCGCUGCAGCCCGGACGGCCGCCACCUGCUGCUACUGCGACCCCCGGGGGCGCCGGCCCCGCAGCUGCUGGUUGCGGUGCGUGGACCCGGCGAGGAGCUGGAGCGUGCCUGGCCGGUGGGCAACCCCUCACCGCUAGACGGCUUCUUCCUGCCGUGGCCGGUGCGACCGGCGCUGGUCUUGGUAUGGGAGAGUGGCCUAGCCGAGGUGUGGGGAGCGGGCGUAGGGCCUGGCUGGCAACUGCUGCAGAGCACCGAGUUGUGUCCGGACGAUGGAUCCCGCGUGGUGGCGGUAGCGGCGCUCCGAGGCCGCCUGGUGUGGUGCGAGGAGCGUCAGGCUGAUGCUGAGGGCUGGCUAGUGCCGCCCUCCGCAGCCUUCAGCCACUGGGUGUGUGUCAGGACACUGGAGCCCAGCGGGGAGGCUGGCACCAACCUGGGCCGCACACACAUCCUCCUGCACCACUGCCCCCCUUUUGGGCUUCUGGCCUCCCGCAAGGACCUCUUCCUGGUGCCCACUGCCACCACCUGGCCUGGCGUGGGCCAUAUUCUACUCAUCUGGAGCCCAAGCAAGGGUAAGGUGAUGGUGGCUGCCCCAAGUCUUGGCUUCUCCCACAGUAAGAGCCUGAAUCUUGGACGAGGGGACACAUGGGACUUCCCAACUCUCCUUCGAGACCUUCCUGGGCUGCUGUCCCCCAGGCAGCCAUUGACUGUACAUACCUGGGCCCCAACUCCCAGGGGACUGCUAUUGCUUGACUUCAGGGGCACUGUGAGCCUGGUGCAAUCCCAUGGUGGUACCCGGGCAGUGGGCACCCUGCAGGAGGCACCUGUAGGCCUGGCAGGGUCUGCAGCACUGGGAACAUUUCAUGGCACUCUGGCCUGUGUGCUGGGCUCCACAUUGGAACUGUUGGACAUGGGCAGCGGGCAGCUGCUGGAGAGGAAGGUCCUCAGUACAGACCGAGUACAUUUGCUGGAACCUCUAGCCCCUGGCACAGAGGAUAAGGAAGAGCUGGAGACACGAGGGGGUCUUCGUUUGCUUUCAGCCUUAGGUCUGUUUCAAGUAGGCUGGGAAGCCCCACAAGGCCUUGAGCUGCCUUCAGCUGAAGACCUGGUGUUUGAGGAAGCCUGUGAGUACUACCAGCGACGGAGCCUGCGGGGUGCCCAACUCACCCCAGAGGAACUGAGACACAGCAGCAUGUUCCGGGCACCUCAGGCCCUGGCCUCCAUUCUCCAGGGCCACGUGUCCCCACCUACACUAUUGACCAUAUUGAGGGCUGAGCUUCGGGAUUACCGGAGUUUAGAGCAGCUCAAAGCCCAGCUGGUGGCUGGGGACGAUGAAGAGGCUGGCUGGACUGAGCUGGCAGAGCAGGAAGUGGCACGCCUACUGAGGACCGAGUUGAUGGGAGACCAGCUGGUCCAGCUCAACACCAUUUUCCAAGCCCUUCCUACAGCAGCCUGGGGUGCCAUCCUCAGGGCCCUGCAGCUCCAGCCAGAUGGGAAUGGCAGGUUUAGGUCCCAAGCUCCACCUGAUAUGUGGAAGAAGGUACUAGGGGGUACAGCAGCUGGAAAGGAACCCCCCAAUGGAGUACUGCCCCUCUUUGAACUCCUGUGCCAAUACCUCUGCCGGCUGGAACCACGAUGGCUGCCACCCUUUGUGGAGCUGGCACAGCAGCAGGGUGGGCCUGGCUGGGGGGCAGGGGGCCCAGGGCUCCCCCUGUAUCGCCGAGCCCUGGCAGUACUAGGUGAGGAGGGGACCAGGCCUGAGGCACUGGAGCUAGAGUUGCUUUUGGGCAGUGGGCGGCCCAAAGCUGUGCUCCAAGCUGUGGGGCAGCUGGUGCAAAAGGAGCAGUGGGAGCGGGCUCUAGAAGCUGGCCUGGUCUUUAGCCCCUCCAGCCCCCUGCUUCGAAGUGAGAUCUUCAAACUGCUGUUGGCUGAAUUUGCCCGGCACCGCCGACUUGAUGCUCAUCUCCCCCUCCUUUGCCGGCUGUGCCCACCAGACCUAGCUCCCACUGAGCUCCUGCUGCUACUGCGGACACACCUCCCAGAUGAGUCAGAUCCACCCACCCCAUUCCCUGAGCCUGGGGCAGAGCCCCCUCUCACUGUGGGCUUGCUCAGAGUUCUACUGGAGCAGACUGGGGCUCAAGUACAGCCCUCAGGCCCAGUUCUAAGCCUAUACGAGGACAUCCUCUGGGACCCAGGCACUCCACCCCCGACCCCACCACGGGGACCUAUGACUACCCUCCAGACAUCAGACCACCCAGGCCUGGAUGCCUGGAUACCAUCUGGACGGGGCCUCUAUGUGACUGACACAGGCUGAAAAUAGCUUCUCUGAUCAGGGAAGGGUGCCUAGGAGUUGUCGAGGUUCAGGGUGGGACCUGUGUGUGCAAUACUCUUCUUUCUUCUGGAGCAUUGUUAAAUAUAUAUAUA